AUGAAUGACCAAUUAGGAGCAAUCAUGGAGCUGAUCUUCUUAUGUACACGUAAGAUUGCUGAAAAGCUCAAUGUCACCACUCUACAAUCCGUCACUUGGUACUUUAACGCAGAAGCAGGACAGAAGUUGGACGAAUUGUGCAGUGAAGUUUCGUCUCAUUCGCAAUAUUUGUCACAAUCGGACUUCCCACCGAUCAUUGUCUUCUCCUAA